AUGCCCUCUCGCCCGAAAGAGCCCACCCCCCACAUUGCCUGGACGGCUGAAGUCAAAACGACCGAGGCAGAGAAGAGCGCAAAGAUUGAUGGGAAACAUGAGGCCUCCGAAAGUGUCCAUGAGGCCACAGAGGUGCAACCUAAGCAGACAUCUUUCACCCAGGCUGUUAACAACCUGUCCCACAUGGACAAGGUGAUGAACGACUUGGCGUUCGGCCGCAGGGUGGGAUUCUAUGAGUUACGAGGGGAGAUUGGCAGCGGGAACUUCUCCAAGGUCAAGAUGGGGGUGCACGACCUGACAAAAGAGAGGGUAGCUAUCAAAGUACUGGACAAAACACGCCUGGACAAGCGGUCACAGCGGAUGUUCUCCUCCGAGGUGUCGUGCAUGGAGAAACUGUCUCAUCCCAACAUAGUGCGUCUGUAUGAGGUGGUGGAGACCCUGCACCGGCUCUACCUGGUGAUGGAGUAUGCAGGUGGAGGAGAGCUCUUCUCCCGCAUCGUCACUAGGGGGCGUCUCCCUGAUUUGGAGAGCAAGAUGGUCUUCUCACAGAUCCUGGCUGCAGUUAAGCACAUGCAUGACAGCAACAUUGUGCACAGGGACCUGAAGGCGGAGAACAUCUUCUACUCCACCAGCCACUGCAUCAAAGUGGGGGACUUUGGCUUCAGCACUGCGAGCCAGCCCAACGCUAUCCUGAAAACCUUCUGCGGCUCGCCGCCCUACUCGGCCCCGGAGCUCUUCAGGGACAAGUCCUACAAUGGCCGCUACGUAGACAUGUGGGCCCUGGGCGUUCUGCUGUACUUCAUGGUAACCGCCACCCUGCCGUUCUGUGCUACUAACCUGGGCCGCCUGAAGCACUGCAUCUUGCAGGGCUCCUACAUGAUCCCCUCCUACGUCCCCGAAGGCUGCCAGCACAUCAUCCGCGGCUUGCUGAGGAGCGUCGCGGCCGAGCGCUUCUCUAUGGCCCAGAUGAUGUCCAGCGCGUGGCUGAAGGGUGUGGAGUAUACACAGCCGUACUCUCCGGUCUGCCUCACGCCCGCUCACCUGGCUGACCCCGCGAGGGCACUGAGCGCGGAGGAGAGCGAGGUGAAGGUAGCGAUGGAGGAGAUGGGCAUCGGGCGGGCGCAGCUGCUAAAUAACUGCCUGGGGACGGACGCGCGCAACCCCAUCACGGGCACCUACCGCAUCCUUCUGCACCGUGCCCAGAGAAGGACCACGGUGGAGGCGGCCGGGUACGACGUGUUCCGGCCCACGGAUUUUCGGCCAGUCCGACGCUGGUCUGUCCCCAUCACGGUUCUGAGGAAGGAGGCACCUUCAAAUGUGUGCUCCAUCCUUUAG